ACUUAUAUAUAUUCGAAUAUGGCGACGUCCAUAGUGACGCAACGUUUAGCAACAUUGUAUUUGCACAAAUAUUUUCAAAUAAUUCUAAGAAACAAUCUAAAAUAAAUACUAUCAUAUUAUUUACCUAAUUCUUAAUAAUUAGAUUCUGCAAAUCUGGAUGAAACUAAGGAAAAGAUGAUUGCCGCCUCAGAACCGGUGGAAUAUAUUCCUGGUGGAAGACAAAUAAUUUUACGACAUCCUGAAUCAGUGACUAAUCAACAACUAUUAAACAAUCAAACAGUUGAAGGAGAAAGUAUUUUGCUACAAAAAUUUAGUGAAGUAAACAUUUCAGAUACAUUGCCAAAGGAAUUUUGGAUUGUGCGUGAAAAUGAUACAUGUGGUGAAGAAGAAUUAUAUUGUUCAGGCAAAAUUGCAAUUCAUUCAAAGGGAAAUCAAACUGCAAAGAUAUUAGAAACAACAUAUACUUGUGAAACAGAUAUUAAACAUGCACUAUGGUGCAAAUUUCAUACUAAUAUACCUGAUCAUUUAGCAAGAGGAAAAGAGACAGAUGAAGAAGAUAAUUCUGAUAAAACGAUAGAAUGUAUUUGUUUAAUUGAUUCAUAUACUCUCAAAGUAUUUACCAAUCUUGGAGAAGAUUAUGUAUCUAGUUUACAAUUUCAGGUAUCUGCCGUGUGGUCAACAAGGUAUGGAAUUUUGUUGGAAAAAACACAAGUUCCCAUAUCAGAAACAAGGUAUACAUCAUUGGAAAGAAAUAGAUUACAACUACAUAAUGACACAAAUUUGCCAGUGGUAUUUUCUCUUACACAUCCUUUAGAUGAGAUUUGUCCCGUACUUAUUAAGCAUGGAAACAUAUCAUACAUGUAUGAUUCAAAUCAACAAAUUGUAUUUACUAGUUCUGAACCAUCUUUGGCUGUGAUAUAUGAUACAAAGACUGGGUUACAUUCUGUAUAUAAAAUACGUAAAGCUUCAACAGAAGAGUGUCAAAUGGUUUGUGGAAAUAGUGAUACUACUCCUAGUAUGUUUAAUCAAUCUGCAAGUGCUUCACCUUUAAACAUUGGGAGUAAUCUUUCCUGUAAUAAAAGUACAAAUAAGGGACACUUAAGUAUAUUUGGGGUACCAAAUCCGCAAUUUAAUAUAGGAUUAGGAAUGUCAAAUAGUCCAUUUGGUUCUCGAACAUCUUAUACUACUACAUGCUCAGGAGGUCCAUCACCAUCUCAACAGCAACAGCAGCAUUCAAGAUCUCAGAGUCCAAUGGCAACUAUUUCACGUUGUCAAUCUCCUACCCAUUCUGCUUUCUCACCUUUACUCGGAGCACCUGCAAAUUCGAUCAUUCAUCAUACAAGGUUGCAUCAAACAGUAAUGGCUUCUGUAUUAAAUCAGACACAAAAUAGUCCUUUUGGUAGCUGUAGUAACAUACAAUUACAGGACAUUAUUUCACCAAGUAAACCUUUAUACCCAGAAAUAUGUCUUGAUCAUGUAUGGACUGAGAAUGUUGGAAUUCCAAAGGAUGUUAUGUCCAGUCGAACGUCAAAGGUUUUUUUGUCAUCAGAUUUCGUGGGGCAGAACUAUUUAUGUUACUUAGUUCCACAUAGAUCUCAACUUUCUUUAGUAAGGCUUGAGAAAACAAAUAAACAACAACAAAUUAUUUUCGGCAUGGUAACAAACAUUAUAGCUAAGGGUGCUGUUAAUAUACCAAGUUUACAUAUAAUAGCGAUAAUGGAUCUAUCAAAUGCAGUGGUAUUAUAUUCAGGAGUGACUUGUAUUGGAAAAUUACAUGUAACAGGAAUACUUCCAAAUUUAACUGGAUAUAACUAUUUUUUAUCUAAUAUCAAUCAUAAAUUAGGUUCUCCAUUUCCACGACGAAGUUCGUUGAUUUCACAAAACUGUGCUGCUUCUCACGAUAUUAAAUUUGAAGAAGGAUUACACUUGUUAAGUCCUGUAGGUGGUAACUGUGCAAGACCACCUAUUUUGUUAGAAAAUUCUUUGAUAGAGAAUAAUUUUCUUGUUUUAAAAGAAGCUGUCGGAAAUAAGAUUACUUUAGAAUACGGAAGUAAAAAUUAUUUUCGAAUAACGUUACCAACAUCUAGUACCUCUCCCUUGGUAACUAAAUGUUUACAAACGUUAAGAAGUGUUUUACAAAAAGAUUUAGCAAUGCAAUUAUUGGUAAAGUGGUAUGGGGCACGAAAUGCUCCUGGACCUCAAGAUUUUUCAUCAGAACAGGAAUGGUAUCUCUUUCUUGUAGUUUUAUUUACAUUAUUAGGAUAUGAAGUAGAAAAGUUACAAUUAAUUCAGAAGAAUGAAAAAGAUCAACUCAAUGAACGCAAUAGUCCUAUAGUAGUAUCAAAGAAACAAAAAACAAAUAAUUCUGGUUCAAAUGAUGAUUGGAAAUACAUGACGAAUUUUAUGAAAAAUGGAAGUUCUAAAAUUUUUAUUUCAAAUAUACUUGGCCUACAAAAAACGUCUAAUAUAUUUCAAACAUCAGUGUCACGCAUUAUAGAAUCAAACAAUACAGGAAAGAUAAAUACGCAGUCUAUUUUAUUUCCGUAUUUUCCGCUCGUCCUUCUUUCUUUACAUCUUUUGUAUGAAGAAUUGAAGCUGAAUUGUGUAAUGUCAGAAAGUUUACAUCUGCUUGCACAAUUAUUGUACCAAUUAAGCUUGGAUUUAAAAUUCGAUGUAUAUGCUCAUCAUUAUUUUCUUGAUUUUCAAUCUGUCUAUUACUUAAAAAAUGCAGUGUCUCAAAUGAAAGAAGCAGAUUUGCAGAAGAUUACUAUGCCGAAUUAUGUUCCAUUAAAACCACCAAACAUAUUUGAAACGUUAAAUAAUUUGUUAAAUGGAAUGGAAGUGACGCCAUUCCCUUAUUUAAGUCAAGUAAAUUUAAAGACGAAAAAUAUAAUUUAUUUAAUAGCACUCAUAGCAAAUGAAAAUAAACCUAUUGUGCUAGAAAUCGAUAGAUUUAUAAAGCAUAUAAUACCAGUUGGAAGUCGUAUAGAUUUUCAAGAAAGCGGAAAUAAAUUUGAAAAAGAAAUAUGUAAAAAUAUUGAAUGUUCUGCGAUAGAUAGAAUAGUAUUACUAUAUCAUGAAUUAGGCAUGAACAAAAAAGAUCUUGAAACAUUACCUCCUGGUGUAUCAUUGCUGUUAAAAGAUAUAAUGUAUAGGUGUAGAGAACGUCCUCCAUCAAAUUGGCCAAUGCAAGCGUACGAAUUAGUUGAUCGACAAGAUUUAUCUGCAUUGGGCGAACAUUUAAAAUCAUCUGUAUCAAAUCACUUAGAAAAUGAAGGAAAAAAUUAUUCGAUUAAAGAUCCUGAACAAGAUGAUGGGAUGGAAUUUGAUGAUGCUGUAUUAAAGUUGAGAUUUAACAAAGAUCAUAGAAUAGCAGAAGUUCGAAAACUUCUAAAUUCGUCAAAACCGGUAAGGAUAGCAAUAGUUCAGAGGCCAGAUGUAAGUGACCAUGAAUUUAUAGAAGAACAGGAGAAACAUUUACAUGCACUAUGCACAAGAACGAUGGCACUUCCAGUAGCUAGAGGCAUGUUUACACUCAGAACUUCAACUCCUAUUAUUACAGAGCAGUUACCAAUUCCUCGACUUUGCUUGACUGGAAAAGCACCUCCUCGUGGAACAACUGUAGAAUUAGCUCACAUAGAUGUCCCACCAAAUAUGAAUUUAUGGCCAUUAUUUCAUAAUGGCGUAGCUGCAGGUCUUCGUAUUCAUCCAGAUGCAUCUAAUAUCGAUUCUACAUGGAUAGUAUAUAAUAAGCAACAACAGGGCGAAUUUGGUAUUGAACAUUCGGGAUUCUUAAUGGCACUUGGUCUAAAUGGUCAUUUGAAGAAUUUAGCACCUUAUAGCAUGUAUGAGUACUUAGUUGAAUGUCAUGAGGCUACCAAUGUUGGACUUCUAUUAGGAUUGUCAGCAACUCAUCGUGGUACAAUGAAUGUUUCUAUGACUAAAUUAUUAUCUCUUCAUGUGGAAACUCUGUUACCUCCGACAAGUAUUGAAUUAAACGUUCCACAGAAUGUUCAGGUUGCUGCAUUGAUGGGAGUUGGUUUAGUGUACCAAGGAACUGCUCAUAGGCAUAUUUCACAUGCUUUAUUAUCAGAGAUUGGCAGACCUCCAGGACCUGAAAUGAAAAACUGUAUAGAUCGAGAAUCUUAUUCUUUAGCAGCAGGUCUUGCAUUAGGUUUGGUAGUGUUAGGAUGUGGAGGUGGGCCAGAUUUAGCUAAUAUACCAGACACUUUACAUUAUUACAUGGUUGGAGGACAUGUUAGACCUUUUACAGGAGCACAAAAAGACAAAUAUAAAUCACCUAGUUAUCAAAUACGAGAAGGUGAUUCCAUAAAUAUAGAUGUGACAAGUCCUGGAGCAACUAUAGCUCUAGGUCUUAUGUAUUUCGAUACAGGAAAUAAAGCAGUAGCAGAGUGGAUGCAAGCGCCUGAUACUCAAUAUUUAUUAGAUUUUGUACGACCUGAUUUCUUACUAUUAAGAAUAUUAGCAAAAUCACUUAUUCUUUGGAAUGAAAUUGAACCAACCAAAUCCUGGGUUUCUAGUCACGUUCCUAACAUUGUUUAUAAAUACAGAUUACAAAAACCAACUUCUGAAAUAGGGCAGAAUGUAGAUUUGGAAACCAUGAACCAAGCUUAUUGCAAUAUAAUUGCGGGUGCCUGUAUGGCUUUGGGUUUAAAAUUUGCGGGGACCGCCAAUAGAAAUGCUUUUAAAACUUUAUACAAUUAUGCCCAGAUGUUUACGGCAUUAUCACAUAAAACUAUUGCCGAACUAGCAGGAAAAUCAACCAUUGAAACUUGUUUAAAUGUUACCUUACUUUCUGCCGCUGUUGUAAUGGCGGGAACAGGGAAUUUAGAGAUUAUGAGAAUAUGUCGACACAUAAGAACUCGUGUGGGCCCUGCGAGUAACGUUGUUACAUAUGGAUCUCAUUUAGCGACACAUAUGGCUCUUGGUCUACUUUUUCUUGGAGGAGGGAAAUAUACUCUUUCUAAUAGUCCUAGUGCAGUAGCUGCUCUUAUAAUUUCCCUUUUUCCAAAAUUCCCAACACAUAGUAAUGAUAACAGGUAUCAUUUACAAGCUCUACGACAUUUAUAUGUAUUGGCUGCUGAACCACGUGUAAUUUUACCUAGAGAUAUUGAUAGUGGUCAGUACUGCUAUGCAACAGUGCAUUUAACAUUCGAAUCUGAAAAAGAUGGCGAUGGACAAGAUUUAAUACUUCAAGCACCAUGCUUACUGCCACAACUGUCUACUAUUAAAAAGAUUGAACUAAAAGAUGAUCGAUAUUGGGAAAUCAUUUUUGUAAAAGAUCAUAACUGGCAACAACUUGAGAAUAUGCUCAAAAAGUGUGAAACGUUAGAUGUUAAACAGAGAGCUGGUUGUUUACCAUAUAUAGAGGAUCCUCAUGGUUUUAGAAGUUUAAUUGCUCAAACUUUAACAACAGAAAAUGUUAUCGCGUGGGCUGCUCGUCCUGAAUGUGUAACUUCUUUUACAAAUGAUAAAACUAUUUUAAAUAUAGUAAAAUGUUUUUUGCAAUGGCCCAAACAAAAUAAAACUAAAACUGAGAUUAGCUUCAAGAUGCAAUCUUGUGGUAGUUUAGCUAAAAAUAGUUCUGGGUACCUAUCACAAAGCUUGAGCAACACAUCUGAAAGAAUAAGUGGUAAUUGGAAUGAGCAAUCAGAUUCUUCUAAUGAAAAAAUGGAAAUUGUAGAAACGUUAUCUUGUUCAAAAGAUGCAAGUUCUUUCUGUAAAUAUGACGGACAACAUUCCGAAAUGACAGAGUUCGAAAAACAGUUUCUACACACAUUUGCUAUAAUUGUGUAUGAAUGUGUAAUAAAAGAUAAAGUGAGUCUCCUUCCUUUAUGGGUGAAUUUAAUAAAAAGUAUGGAAAUUAUAGAAAAAGAACCAAACAGCUUCUCUAUAUGGCAAAUAAAACUCGUUUCAUCUCAAAUGUUAAAAAAGUCUUACAUAGAAAGCAAAAAUCCUGUGCUUGGUACAGAAAGUAUACUUGCAAUUAAACAAAACAUUUCAUAUAUUAUGGAUAGCUGGGAACGUGAAUUAACACCUCAUAUAAAGUCUUAUUUAACAAGUGGAAACAUUGAAGAAAAUAUACCAUUGUUGCAAAGAAUGUGCACAUAUUUCGUAUUUUAUGACAUUCCAUAUAAAAUGGAUUACCAGACAAUCUUGGCAUCAUUAUUAAACACAGAAGUAAAAUCUAAAAUACCUAAUGUAACAUUGUACAAAUUAUAUAAAAUAUUAAAAUCCAGCUAAUGUGUUACUGUGAAUAAUUGAUACAAGUUUUGUAUAAAAUAUUUGGAAAAAAAAUUGAUCAUCAAAUUAACUUAUGUUUAUAAUUCAUUAUAUAUAUAUUGAAAAAAUAUACGGAGAUUGUAGACUGAUAAUUUUUAUAACCUGUUAUACAUGAACUAAAUUUUGUUGCAUAUGUAAUUCUUUCUCAUGUAUCAUAAAAUGCAUAAAAAUAUACAAUCCAUAUUCGUAUAAACAAAGUGUUAUUAAGAUAACAAAUAUAAUUAACAGAAAAUUAAUUUAUUAUUCUAUUUAUUGUAAUAAAUAUUAUUUACAAUAUUAAACAAUUUAAAAUAUAGCUUGACAGUUUUUUAUAUGUAUAUAUGUAUAUAUGUAAUUUGUAAAUAAUUUUAAUAUUCUUUUAAUUAUGACCUGGAGAAACUAUUGAACAGACAUUACAUUAAAAAGAAGAGUUAUAUAUAUACUUAUAUAUAUUAAAGAAAAUAUUUUGUUUUAGCAUUCAUAAAUAUAUAUAUAUAUUCAACGAUUUGUGUAAGUUGGAAACAUGUGCUGUUUGAUA